AUGAAACGGGUAUGUUCAAUUUCCAGUUCCAUAGGAUUGAGAAUUGCAGAGAAAAUAUUAUUACUGAGCUAUUCAUCACUAUACUCGUGGAACUGUGUUCCUUGGAUCAUAAUCUCAUGUAUGUACUGUAAUGUAAGUGAGUCAAAUAUUUUUUUCGCUUUCACGACACUGUGUGUCCCUUUAUUUUUUGCAUGUCUCUCUUCUGUGGGAUAUUUUCCAAGCCAGGUACAACUACGCCAGAGAGAAAAUAAUAGGCAUAUUGAGCCUGAGAGCUUAAUCUUAGAUUGUAGAAGCAAAGGCUUGGUUGAGCAAUCCAAGAAUAUAAGCAAAGAAAAUAAUGACCGGAGUCUCUCUGUUCCAGCUUUUCUCUUGUUUAUUUUUAUGACCAUAAUCGAGAAAUUGGGAGCGAAAGAGCCUUACUCUUAA